UAUUGUUUUUAUGAAACCUGAAGUAUUUCUCUGAAAAUUCCACUCAAUUUGGUUUCAAUGUUUUCAUCCCGUGAAAGUGAAUGGUCAGAAUUUGUAAAAUUUAUAGUCUGUCCAAACAAAAAUAUGUGAAAUUUGCUUCCACCAGUUGUAAACGAAAAUUCCGUAUCCAUUGUUCUGUUUUUGUAACUUUUUUCUGUUUGCAUCGUUCCCUCUCAAGUCGAUGAUUCUCUGAUGUCUGGAGAGUUUUUGACACUCAUCUGCGUUUUUGCUGCGGUAGUUCUACGAGAGGGACAGUGCUCUUUGUGUUACGGUGUGAAAGAGCAUUUGGUUCCUAAACGCUCGGCACAUGGUGCAUGGUACUUGCAGUAUGCGACGCCCAUGAAAGAUGGAGCCUCCUUCAAAACGAUGAACCCUUCUUGCGGAAUUUACAAUACAUUCGAUUCGGCGUGCGGCUGUAUUGGAAUUUUCUACACAAAAGGCAAGAAAGAAGAGUACACUGGAACAUCAUUUGGCUACCUGAAAGACGAAAAUUUGAUGUUUAUCAGGAAUUUCACAACUGCCACCGUAGACAUCGACGGUAGAAAAAUCCGGAAAACCAGUGGCACGGCAUUUAGAAGAAUUACAGUGCCGCGGAAUUAUAAGCAGUGCACCGUAGAAUUCCCAGAGCUGAAAGCUGCCGGUGAGGAUGUUCAAAUACGGUACUACGAUCUGGUAGCAUCUGAUGACAACAAAUCUUAUCGAGUAUUGAUAAGUUGCGACGAUGGAUGCUUCGAUUCAAAAGAUAUAAGAAGCGUUUUUGACAGGAACAACCCUAAAAUUUGGAUUUUUCAUCGUAGCCUGAAACCAACGAAUAAACAGUUGGCCGCAGCUUUCCAUUUUAUCCGCAAAUACGGUUUCCGCAAAAACAGACUAAGGAAAGUCUCGCAUACGAAAUGUGUAUAUCCGAGGAUUGCUUCGUAAAUAAAGAAUCGAGAGAAUUCAUUC